GAGAGAAAGUGGAAAUGGAAGGGGUAGCCUGAGGAGGGGGAAGAGGAAUGAUGUGAGUGACUCUCUUCACUGGUAUUGCUCUCUUCAGAUAAAUGCUGGAUCAACUGCAGGGUUGUUUAAGGCACCCUUGGAUUGUUUAAGUACAGUUUUUAUCAAUCAAUCAAGGUCGGUUUAUGGCAAAACAUUUGAAAAAACCCAGUCAUGUUCACAUCACUCUAAAAUUUUUGUCAUCUAAACAGAAUAACAUGUUUUCACUUAAUUCCAAGAAAGACUGCAGGAAAAGCAGAAACGUUUGUCUGAAUUCCUGAAAAGUAUUUAUUGUUGCUGUUUGUCUACCCACGACAGUACAUGCAUAAUGCACACUAUGAGGUUCUCCUGGGAGGGACUAAUGUGUUUUUAGAAGUAAGUGCACCGUCCGAAACACAGUGUUGUGGUUCUGACAUGGGGCUGAAUCAUUCAUUUUAUCACGUGGAUUGUACAUGCAGUACUACAGUAGUAUUACAAAUACUGUGCAUACUUUAUCUUUGGUACAUAAAUGAGUCCACAUAAAAGCCAAUCGAGAGCUGCAAGAAUGAGUCCUAAAACCCGAAAAGGAGUUCAGAUUUUUGCACUUCCAGUUCUCUCGACUCAAAGUCGAUGGGUUAUUUUGGUUUGAUGCCUGAAAUAAGGUCUGCAACACAAGCCUUUAACAUUUUGUUCUAAGAUAUAAAAUAUGUCGGUAUAUACCCCUCUUGUGAACUUUGAAGCUCCUACGUGUCUUAAAAAAGGCGCUUGCUGACAUGUGGCUGAAUUAGUCAUCAUGCUGACUCUGCCUUUACAUCCUCGUUGUGUAUACUCCCAGUCAGGCCGUCUUAUUUUCUACAAUAAUCCAUUGGACAAAUUCCAACGUUUUUUUUUGUAGAGGAAACAAGUGCAAUGUUAUCUUCCAGGGUAGGCCUAUAAUAUGUCAUCAACAGAAGGAUGAAGAUAACUUUGGGGAGGAGCUCAUUACAGACAUUGCUGGGAUGGGCUAUAACCCACCCGUAGAGAUGCACCGACUCAUUUGUCUAAUUUUUAGGUUGGUCUCGUAUAGCUGUUUUUUACUGGUCAAAUUUACACACGUAUCGCAUAAUGGUUUUACGGCAUGCACACAGAGGCACAGACAGUGAUGUCACAGCUAUACACGCCUGUCCUCAAUGUGGAAGUUCUUCAGCGUGACGGAGACAUUUUCAUUAAAUCUCAGUUGGAUUUAAUUUGUCCAGUAACCUGGAGCACUUUCGUUUUGUAACAUGGCACAGUUCUGACUUAAAAAAAAAAAGAAAUCUGAAUUGGCCAAGCACAUUGCAAUCUGUACAUCAACAGGCGACUUUAUCAGAAUAGAUUCCAGUUUGUGUAUCGGCAUCAACCCCACAGUGUGUAGGAUUUAUGGGAGUCUUUCGUUCAUUGAAUAACAAAGAAAAAUUAAGCUGGGAAACAAAUUAGGUUCAUUGCCAACUAGUUUAGGCUGCUAUAUUACAACAUUCAUCAGACACUUAUGGCUUCUGGCUUCCAAAUUGAGUUUCCGAACUUUAAAAUAAUUUCUAAACUUUGACGGACUGCCUGUCAACGUGCCUAGCAGAGUUCAGAAACGGCUAACACUUGCAGCCUAUAAAUGUCCCUGCAGAGGAGGGUUACUCUGAUCUGAUAGAUUAGCUACAGCUGCACACUAUGGCUAAGAUAUACAAUACACAAUUUAAACUCAAAAUAUGUGUGUAGGGAGAUGGAGACUCUGUAACCAUAACUUUAUAUCUGAAAUAAUUCGAUAGGCACUAUAUUUCUUACACAUUAUCAUAUGUGCAUUAUUAACAUAUUUAUAUUUCAUUUUUCAAGUUAUCAAUACUAGUCCAUUGCAUCACUCCCUUUGCCCACUUUGGCUAGCUGGUUGCUGGUUUUAUACUAUUAUUUAAACACAUUCAUGACAGUGAAUUGCCAGUAAAUUGAGCUUUGUAAAAGAAGCUCUCUUUGUUCACUUCCUCAUUUCUUAGUGUUGAAUAAAAUGGCACAAUCGGUAUUAUCUUGGGAGUGAAGAAUAGCUGCAAUCACCUCCCUAUGUAUAACUGCAUGGGGAGUUGUUAUGCAAGUCGCUAUUGCUCAGGAGCUUUCUCCAACGUAGGAUAUUCAUACACUCAUACACUUUUCAUACAGUGGGAAAAAAACUCCCGUGCAUUUCUCAGAUGAAGCUUUCUCAUUCCAAUAAACGGAUUAGAAAUGUCUGCCAGGCCUGUGUCUGUGUAAUCGGAUAACUUCUCUGUUUUUCUCUCUUGUGCUGCCUUGUAUCAUUUGUGUCUUUUUAUCACUUGGCACAUUGCUUCAUAUCCAUCGCCCGCUCAUUGCAGUGAUACUUUUUACUCGUACGAUUCCUCUAACCUCGCAAUCUUAGCCUUUUAUUUUAAUCAAAGAUACUGGUGUGAAACAUACAUGCUCCUGUCAUUCUGCCAGUUGGUGUGUUUCCCAGAGCGGAGGUGGUACCACAGUCUUUGAUCUUCACGGUGUGUUGGGAUGCCGCUACUUGGCCCAGAGACAAACCGCUUUCUGUAGGAAAAUCCAGAUUUAUUGGAUGUUGAAUUUGCAUAUGGUGGACAUUUAUUGCAUGGUGCCUUGUGUGCUUAGGUUCAUCAAUUCGCAAAGAACAAUUUUCUGUAAAUCUUUGGUAGAUUUAAAAAAAGACCACCGCAGUGAUGCCAGCCCAUCUGGUCAGUGUUUCUUCUCCUAACCUUUUACAGAGCAGGCUGUGCUGUAAGCGCUACUCAUUCUCCUGAAUACUGCAGUUCCCACUGCUUCUGUUGUGCGUUAGAUAAGCCGGAUAUUCUUUUACAAGAAUUGUUCUUCCGUAACAUGUAAAGCUUUCACAUUGUUUGAGAUGAUUUGUAGGAGCUGAUACAGAUGAAUUAAAACAUUGCAUGAUAGAAAUAGAAUUACUGGAUUUAUGCAAUGCACGGCGUAGUAACAAAAGAUGUUUCAGACCAGAUCUGUACUCCAGCAGCACAGCUCAAGACAGCAGGUGCUGCUGAUGAGAGGACAUGCUUUGUCACACACAGUCAGGUUAAUGCUCUGGGGGCAUCUCGUAGCACAUGGCAGCCUACAGGCCAACACAGGCAAAAAAAAAAGGGAAAAAUCUCUCUCGAAAAAGUAAGAAAUGAGAAAAAGUGUCUCAUUAGUAUGUAGAGGAGAAGGUGUAGCGUACCACAAGACAAAAAAGGUAAUACCACUUCUGGCUCUGCAAGCCUUUUUCAGUAUAUUAUUGGUUCACAGGGAAAAUGCAACACACAGGCAUUUGAAAUGAGCUAAUUGGCUUUUUUAUUUUCACUCUUUGAGUUCACCACACCAUCUCACAGGAACGUGAAGUCGGAGGGUUACUUCUAGUAACAAGCAGCAGUAGUAGUACGAGUGAGGAAUAACACUGUUAUAUGUGAGGCAUGCUUGUGUUUCUUUAAACGCCUUGAAGUGCACUGCAUGUAUCAGAGUAGUUCAUCAUAUGUUACAUUUUUCAAUUUAGUUAUCUCUCCUCACUAUGCAAGAAGUGGCACAAAACCCAUUAUUAAUGUCAUGAGUGUAGAUUGCAGGCAUAUCAAAUCAAACCUGUGUGGUUUGAUUUAUGAAGCUGAUUUCUGGCGCUCUUUUAUGCAUUAUUAAAGAGAUCCAAUAAACAAUUAAUGAGAGAUGGCAUUCAACAUUUCCAAUUAGAAAAUCAUUUUGAAGGGAAUCCAAAAAGUAAUGCUUUCAUCUUUUGAUUACUGGAAGCCCAAAUGUAUAUAUAUAUUUGUGUGUGUGGUGGGAGACGGUUACACUUCAAAAGAGCACAUCAGCAUUAUUUUUGGAGUUGGUUCUGCUCUGCUGUGAAAUUGCUGAGUCGGCAAAUGGAGGCCUGGAUUCUCUUCACUGUGCUCAGUGUGUGUGAGGCGUGUCAGUGUGCUCUCAGAAUGGUCUGUUGACAGGUUGGGUUGUCAGCGGGGCGACCAGCCUUUCUGUCUGUGUGAUGUCGGCGACACUUGACGCUCCCUGCUCAGUUUGUCACUGCACCGAAUCCUCAGAGGCGGCAAACGCACACAUAAAGCUGCUAAUGCUCUGCAGCCAGUGUGUGUGGUGUGUGUGAGGCAUUUCCUGUUUUUUGAGGUCAUUGGUUUGUCUGUGUGUCCGUAGCAAAAUAGUUUUUUGUCCGUUUGUUGGUCUGUCUAAAUCUAUCUGACGUCAUGUUCACUCCCUUACAGACUCUUUCCUCUGUUCAUCUUUCGUGCCGUCAUAACCUCUCCAGCUAGUUCUCCACAAUCAUUGUUUCAAAUUCUCUUUCAAACGGGCUUUACCUUCACUGGCUCAUUCCUCACCCCCCCCAGUCGUAUUCGCCUCCUUCUCCUCAGUCCGUUUUUCUUGGUUCCUCUUCAUUAUUUAUAGAGAUUGGCUUUGUUGUGUAGCUGUCAGAUGCAGCAGAGUGUUGUUUUAUUACCCUGCACUGCAUCUGUGCACAGAUGAGAAGCCUCGUAUGGGUGGUGGUCAAAAAAAGAACAACCGGUGAGCUCGAGGCAAUACAGCCGAAGUUAUCUUUCGUUUGGAUUCACACUCACUGGGGAUCCGACUGCACCGGCAUAUUAUGGUUGGUGUGAGAUGAGCUUUUCAAGCAUGGCUGCUGUAAAAACUAACGGAGAGAGACGGAGACUGAGGAAGAGCUCCGUGUGUGCCAGGAUAUCUAAACAGGCCGGGUUCACACUGAGGCAUCAACAUAGCGGGACCCAGUAAUGCAGAGCCCCCACCUCAGCCUCCCAGUCCAGCCAUGUACCAGCUGGAUAUCAUCCUGAAGAAAGGGAACAACCUGGCCAUCCGAGAUCGAACCGGGACCAGCGACCCGUAUGUGAAGUUUAAGAUUGCAGGGAAGGAGGUGUUCAGGAGUAAGACCAUUCAUAAGAACCUCAACCCGCUGUGGGAUGAGAGAGUAAGCCUUCUGGUGGACAACCUGAAGGACCCGCUAUACGUCAAGGUUUUUGACUAUGACUUUGGACUUCAGGAUGAUUUCAUGGGCUCAGCAUACCUCGAUCUGGAGUCACUGGAACAUCAGAGGGCACUGGAUAUGAUGCUGGACCUGAAGGACCCACAGUAUCCUGAACAUAACCUGGGUAGCCUCGAACUGGCGGUCACUCUGUCACCAAAGGAAGGAGACGUGAGUGAUGCUACCAUGCUUUUGAGAAGGAACUGGAAACGAUCUAGUAAGUAUCAGAGUAUGCGUCUGUCAGAUGUGCACAAAAAAGCCCAGCUGUGGCGAGGUAUCGUCAGCAUCAGUCUGAUAGAAGGUCUCAGCCUCCAGCCCAUGGAUGCCAACGGCCUCAGUGACCCAUACGUCAAAUUCAAGAUGGGACAUCAGAAGUACAAGAGCAAGACAAUUCCCAAAACGCUGAACCCCCAGUGGAGAGAGCAGUUCGACUUCCACCUGUACGAUGAACAGGGAGGCUACGUGGACAUUACGGUCUGGGACAAGGAUGCUGGCAAGAAGGAUGACUUCAUGGGAAGGUGUACCAUCAACCUGUCGCAUCUGACUAAAGAACACACACACAAGCUGGACCUGCCACUGGAGGAAGGUGAAGGUGUGCUGGUGCUGUUGGUUACACUCACUGCUUCUGCCGCCGUUUCAAUAUCGGACCUGUCAGUCAACAUGCUGGACGACCCGCAAGAGAGACACCAGAUCAUGCAGAGAUAUAAUCUGUGGAGGUCAUUCCACAACCUGAAAGAUGUCGGCGUGGUGCAGGUGAAGGUCAUCAGGGCUGAAGGACUGAUGGCAGCAGAUGUCACAGGUAAGAGUGACCCAUUCUGUGUGGUGGAGCUGAGUAACGAUCGGCUGCAGACGCACACCGUCUACAAAAACCUCAACCCAGAAUGGAACAAGGUCUUCACUUUUAACGUGAAGGACAUCCACUCAGUACUUGAGGUCACUGUUUACGAUGAGGACCGAGACAGAAGUGCAGACUUCCUGGGGAAAGUGGCUAUUCCUUUACUAAAUAUCCAAAAUGGAGAACGCAAAGCCUACGCCUUGAAAAGCAAGGAGCUGACAGGGCCAACAAAAGGGGUCAUCUUUCUCGAAAUAGACGUGAUUUUUAAUGCUGUGAAGGCUGGUCUCAGGACGUUGAUUCCCAUUGAGCAGAAGUAUAUUGAGGAGGAACCCAGAGUGUCCAAACAGCUGCUGUUGCAAAACUUCAACAGAGUUAGACGCUGCAUCAUGUUCCUGAUCAACACAGGCUGCUACAUCAACAGCUGCUUCGAAUGGGACUCUCCACAGAGGAGCAUCUGUGCUUUUGUACUUUUUGUCAUCGUUGUUUGGAACUUUGAACUCUACAUGAUUCCUCUGGCUUUGCUUCUGCCUUUGGUCUGGAACUACAUCCUCAUUGCAUCGGGGAAGGAUACCAGGCAAGAUGUGCAAGCAGUGGAGGACCUGCUGGAGGACGAGGAUGAGGAUUUUGACAAAGAUGACAAGGACCCUAAACCAGGCCCCUGGGAGGACAGCCGUGAUAAAAACCAUAUCCUCGAGGAUAUGUUGGCUUCCUGGCACUUUGAGUGGAUACGAGCGAUGGUGGUAAGUGGGCAUGUGUGUGGGUCUAGCACUGACUCCCGAUGGUGUGUGUCGCUGUCUUCCGGUUUCCUAUUUAGCUCAUCGUCUGUUCGACGGCCUCCGUCUGCUGUCCUGUCGGGGUUUUUGUACAGUACUUGUCACCUGUCCACGUCUCAAUCAACACCCACGCACUGCACGUUUGGCCCGCAACCCAACCUCGAGGCCUCUGCCUGCUCUCUUAGGUGAUGGAGAAGCUAAUGGGGCUCCAGCAUGGAAGGCUGCCCUCCCCCGUCUUUUUGUGUGACUUCCCUGUAGCACUGCUAACCUGCAAGGUGUUGAGGUGCAAUGGUGUUUUGCUCUGGGGUACUAAAGGGUGAUAUUGGGAGUGACUCUCGUCAAUUUUUGGGGUAAUUCUGUGCAGUGAGAGGGCCAUAAGAGAAUGCAAUUCCCCUCUUAGUAUGUUUUUUUAUUUUUAUUUAUUUUUUUUUUUUUUAACUUCUUUUUGUUUUGUUUUUGGAAGCACUAAUUGCAUUUGUCUCACAAAAAAGAAUUGUUUUCACACCUUAUGACCCCUAAGUCACUGACAAUAUUUACAUAUUUUCUAAUGAUUUUCAGAACCCUGGUGUGUAUACUUGUGUGCAUGUGUGUGCGGUUUUGGGGUGAUUUGAAUGCACUUGUGAGCUCUUCUUCCUUAAAAGUUGCUACAGAAACAGCAAAACUAUUUCAUAUUGCUGGAGCAAAUCCCAAUGCUCAUUAUGCCUAAUGCAGCAAUCUCUACUCCCCCAACUGUUAUUGUUCUGAAUCACAUGCACACGAGCAGCUGAACCAACUGAACUUUUUGACUGAUGAACUAUGCAUCAAAGGAUUACGGUGAGCACUCGUUGCACUGUAGGUGAGGAGUGCUUGUGUGCUCUCAUCCACUCAAAGUUACUCUCUUCGCAACUCUCACCAAAUAUGACGUUGAAGAUGGCACACACUCAGCCCUCCCAGUCUCUCAUUGGACAGAAUGUGGAGCACAACACUUGACAGCAUUGUCGUCUGAAUUUGAAAGUCAGACAUGUAAGAAGGCAGCCGCCACCUUUUCUUUUAACAAAAGUCAUAAAUCUGUAAUGAGCACAGAGAGGAUGCAUAUUUUAUUUACUUUUUUGAAGACGUGAUCUCUACACUUCAUAGCGAUGCACUCUCGCUCUGUCGGGUUUUUUUUCUCCUUCCAAAACAAAGUUUAAAACCAUGGAUGUUACAGCUGUUUCUUUUGCUUGUGUCUCUGAAUGUGAAUAUGUAAUGAAAGGUACACAAAAGUUAGCAAGAGCUUUACAGACCUAGGUGAUGAAUCUGAUCUGAAAGAGUAAAACAUGAUUUACUUGAUAAAAACAUAUAAUAUAAUGUAGUUCAAAAUCAUAAUUAGUUAAAUGUAGAAUAGACGUUCACCUUACAGAAUCAAAAAAGCCUAAAUGUGUCUUAACGAUAAAUGUAAUUGCUAACCUAAUUACCAAAUGUCUGUACCUUAUUAUAAGAUGUGAAAUCCCAUUUGUACCUUCAUCUUGGUGUAUUGUAAAAACAAAUUAAUCCAGAGUUUAGGUUGCGCAGUAGCAUAUGUUUUAAGCCAACACAGACAGACAGACAGAUGGGGGGUGAUGGGCUGGAGCAGCUAAACCAGGCCAACAGAGGACAAGAGUAAUGCUGUCCCAUUCAUCACACACUGCCAGACUGGAUCCAGGGAAGGACAGGGGAAGGAGAGUGCCGGAGCUGGGGAGCAGAGGUGAGGCGAAGUGGGGGAGAAUUGGGCAGGCUUGGGGUGCAGGUUGGGCGGGGGUCGGGUGGCGUUCAGCAGGAGGCGAGGAAGGGGAAGCGCAGAAGUUGUGGGGUGGUAGUCAGUUAUGUGUGUGCGUGCCUGACCUUGAGUCUGAUGGAGUGGCUGGUGUGGUGGAGGUGAUGAGAGGCCCCAGGGGGAGUUGGGUAAAGAUGAUCAGUGGCAUACAACCUCCUGCCACCCGGCUCAUCAGAGUCACAAACACACACUCGUACCACCAGAAACCUUUCUCUUUAGGAUAGGAAGCAGAGGUCAAACUGAAAAUAAGUCACCAACACCUCUUUCUUUUAUUCCCUCUUUCCCUCUAUCCCCCUCUUUUACGUAUGUGUAUAUUUAUCCUCGCUAUGGGACUCGGCUAGGUGAAGAGACUAAUUAGCACUAGAGAGCAUUGUGCCUGCCUGGUCCACCUUCAGCUGACAGUCUAAACUGGAGUUUGACUUUGGCUUUGUGGGAGCAACCCUCGGUACACGGAUAUUCUCAAAGAAAACUGUGUUCAUCCUAUACGCACAGACAUACACGCUCUCCUCACAUUUACAUUGGACCUAUGGCAGUGGGACGACCCUUCAGAUCUUAACGUGGCCUCUGUUGUGUGUGCGAGCCGCCUGAUGAGGGCCAGGAGGACGUGCAGCACAUCUCAACACCCUAGUUAAACAGAUAUUUAUGUGCUUAUGAUAAAAAGAGAGGGAGGGAAAUAGAGAUGUAUUCCCCACAUUCACCCAUGGAUUAGUUGUUGUAUGAGAUAAAUUAUUUAUUAAAGCUGCUGCUUAAAAAAAAAGGGGGGGGGAACAUCUGCCUCUUUCAUGUGGCGCUGGCGAGGUGCCAGGUUGCAUGGUGGCAUCUGAGGCCGGUCACAGGGCCUUUUGUCUCGUCUUGUUGUCAUUUCCUGACAGAGGGGAUCUGUUCUUCUAGGCCACUGGGUUGCCAAGUUUAUUUUUUUUUCCCCUUUUAGGGACUUUCUUAACUCCCAGGGGGUCAAAUCUGUGACUCAUUGCUCCCCAGUGGAGCUGGUAAUACUUGGAAUAGACACAGAUGAAACACAGUAGUUUUAGUUUAAUCUUUGGCUUACAUAAUGGGACUGGUUUAGGAGCUGAACUAUUUCAUUUAAGUGGUCAACGUGAGAGACAGAAAGUACUCCAUGACUGCAUUUGACUUGCUGCCAACAUUCAUGAAAAUAUGCAAAACAAAUUUGUCUCAUUGUGCUGAUUAACAAUCCCAUGGUCUUUGAUCAUGAAUGAACUAAUAGACUUUUUGAAGCUUUUUGCAAUGUACUAACUAUAUACAGUACAUUCUUACUUGCUUCAUUUUGGAGACAAGGACAUCUGCCCAUUUCACUAUGACUCAGAAUAUUUACUCCUGUGUAGAGCCAAACAAAAUACUACUAGACUGAACUGAAUACAGCCAGUGAAUGCUAAUGAGCAAAUGAAAGCCUCCUACCAGUGAACAGUGUUGCACUUUCAUCAAUCUCUAAAUUAUUGUUAUAUUUAUUUAUCUGCUGCAAGUCGACAACAGCAGCCAAAUAUCUUGUUUAUGUGUAUAGAAUCAUGAUUUUUCUUGUAUCCAUGUUUGAUUUUUUUCUCAGAGAGGAUUGCAACACGUCAAGUUUUAAGUACACAGUAGGUGCUAAUUGUAUGCGCUAUUUAUUAUUCUGUCAUUCCUAAUUCUUGCACAGGCUUUGGAAAUUGAAUUUGUGUCGCCCCUAAAGCAUUCCUCAACUUGCUCAACUUUUCAAUGUUUUUUUCUUUUUUCCUGGGGUGGAAAUGGGAGGGAUGCCGCCUCCAUCUGCAGUUACAAAAUCGCUUUCAGAUGCCCUCUGGGAGCCACAUAUUAGCAUCUUGUCACGUUUUAUAUGACAUUUCAAUUUUUACUGUGCUGCCGAGUGAGCGAGGCAAAAAGAAAAACAAAGAAACUGGUGCAAUUUUAGCACAGCGGCAAUGAGCAUCAGCCACUAGUGGUUCAGACUCAUUUCGUGGUGUGAUGGGAUGUAUGGUGCUGCAUUAUAACGGUUAGGUUUAUCAUUUUUAUGUUGUAACCCAGCAGGGAGAACACUGUGAUCGGAGGUUAAAACAGUCUGAAAUGGCUCUCUCUAUUUCAACCCAAUAGAUAUAGGACAGAUAUUUGAGUCCAUCGUAAUAGGCCAAGUCCUCAGUGACCUCUCUCUUGUUUAGCUCUAGGCCUUGGGUCAGUGAAGAACAAACUGUCUUUGUAAAAGUUUACAACUGCUCUCUUUGCACUUUUGCAUAUAGAUGUACUCUGGCAUGAUGCUAUCUCCCUGAAAGAGAAAUGGAGCAGUCGAGUACACAGAGGCAGUGAGCGUCUUUCCUUUGUUAAAUAUUUAAUCAAGUGUUUCAAGGAGUUUACCACAUUUGUUUACCACAAUUUACCAGCAAGUGCAAUGUGGUUAGCCUGACUGGGCUCUGUGUGUGUGUGUGUGUGUGUGUGUGUGUGUGUGUGUGU